AUGUGUGACUUCUCGAAAUACGGUGGCCCCAGCGAAGAGUGGCUGGCGGUGGAAGCUGGUCUUCCUCCUCCCCAACCCGACCUCUCUCCAUCGGAACGCAAGAAUGUCAUGAACAAAGUUCACGAUGAAUUGGCCGUGGAAGCAAUGAAGCCUAUGGCAGACAAAGUCCAAGUACGCGACUGGACAAUCCCUACACGUGAUGGAGCGACACUCGAAGCCCGAACCUAUCGACCCAAGGCAGCGGGCGAUGGACCCUUGCCAGUCUACCUCUACUUCCACGGAGGUGGAUUUCUCUUCGGUACCUUGACCUCCGAAGAUGCAACGUGUUCUCGCAUUGCCAUCAGCACAAAUGUGCUCGUUGUCAAUGUGAACUAUCGUCAUACACCCGAACACGUCUACCCGACAGCAUGGAAUGAUGCUGAGGACGCUUUCAUUUGGUUGCAUGCCAACAUCAAGGAGGUCGGCGGUGACGCCACUAAAGUUGUCGUUGGAGGCAUAUCAGCGGGUGGGCAAUUGACAGCCUCUCUGACACUCGCUCAGCACCUGGGAAAGCUUCCCUCGGGGUUACCCUCUAUUGCUGGGCAGGUUCUGAUGAUCCCCUGCCUGGCGCAUGUUGAUUGUUACGAUGGCUUGUUGAAGAAGAUGAAAAGCACAUCGGUCUCAUCGUACCCCGAAAACGAAAACACUCCAAUCUUGCCGCGAUCCAUGAUCGACCUUUUCGUCGGCCUUCUCAAGGUUGAGAACCCAGAUCCCAAUGACCUAAGACUUAAUCCCGGCAAUGCAACCCCGGAUCAGGUGAAAGGGCUACCUCCGACGACCUUUGGAAUUUGCGGCUUGGAUGCAUUGAGAGAUGAGGGUUUGCUAUACGCCAAGAUGCUCACAGAGGCUGGUGUUCCCACUGAUGUUCAUGUCUACAAGGGCGUUCCACACGGGUUUCGACGGUUCGGAGACAAGUUGUCAGCGUCGAAAGACUGGGACGAAACUACGGACAGCGGUAUUACUUGGGCACUGACUAACCCGACUGCCACAGGAGAGUUCAAGAUCCACGAGCAUUAG